AUGGAGAAGGAGAUAAAGGGCCUUAAAGUGGAGAUGGAGAAGCUGAGGAAUCACCCUCGCUAUUCAUCCAAAGAGAAUGAAAGCGAGCGAACAUACGCAAACACGGCUUCCUCGGCUGUGUCGACGGAGGAGAAAGAAAAUAGUAGGUCGCUAGAGCUUGAUACGAAUGACACCCAGUGUCUUGUGCGAAAAAAGCGCGGUCAGACGCGAUCUCAGCGAACAAAAAGAAAUAUCAAGGUACCUCGAAAAGGCACAGAGAGUCAUACAAGGGAGCAAGAGUUGGCUACGCCGCAGACGAAAAUCGCGCCGCUGAAAACGAAAAAUGGUCAAAAGAUCGUAGUAAACAGACAGUCAUGCGUUAGUCCUGCUGAAUCAAACCUUCCUAAAUCGGUGGAUGGUUGUAGCCGGGAUGCACGCGAUGAAGACUCUGCAGGUAUGAUUAUACCACAACGGCAUGUCUGAGUCUGUUUCCGACGCUCCAAAGGACAGAAUACAGCAUGGCAUAGAAAUAUUCCAGGAAUAUCUCAAAUCGAUCUUAGUAGGAGACGAGAAAGUCACAGUAAUAAAGGUUUCCAGGAUAGGCAAAAUUAAAGACUUAAAACAAGAUCCAGACCGACCGAGACCGUUAAAAAUUGUCUUUAAGAAUGACGAACAAGCGCAGCUACUUUUGAGCAGGAAAGCUGCGCUUAAACAUGCCCAACCAUCAGUUUUCUUCAGCGGGACUUUUCACCCGCGGAGCGAGAAAAAUGGAGGGGGGCUCAAAUUGGAAGUCCUCAGGCGGUCGAGUCUGGGCGAGACAAAUCUCAGAAUAGUGGACGGAACAAUUAUACGCGUCCAGAGGCCAUUCCUCUGGAGAAAGCCCAUAACUCUAACAGCUUAGGAGUGAUGGAAAGCAGUUCAUCCCGAUCAGCUCUGACCGGCUUUUGCAUUCAAUCCCAAGAAAUGGAUAAACGACUGUAUGCCGGAGUUGCUCGUGCCAAAUUGAGAUUUUUGUAUACCAAUGCUCGAAGCCUCGUUUCGAAAAUCGACGAACUCAAAGCGAUAGUACCGGAACGAAUCCCCGACGUCAUCGCCAUAACGGAAACUUGGCUUAAUGCCGAGAUUUCGAUACCGGGUUAUCAGCUGUUUCGUAGAGACCGUUAAAAUAGGCAGGGCGGAGGGGUAGUCGUAUAUGUAAGGGAAGGAAUUUCAGCAGUUGAAAGAGCCCACACCCUCUCCCUUGAAUAUGAAUCCGUCUGGAUAAAGAUAAAGAAGAGCAAUACACAAAACCUAGAAUUUCUGGCGAUUUACAGACCACCAAACCUUCUGAGUGCAGCUGAUGAGUCGCAUCUUGGUUUAGUCAAAGACGUAGCUAGCCAGCAAGAGGUACUUAUUGCUGGGGAUUUCAACGCACCUGCAAUAGAGUGGGAAACUAUGGCAGUUAACGGCGGACCAGCCUCUUUCAGCAAUAAGCUACUGGACCUCACACUCAGUCUCCCUCUGGCGCAACAUGUAAAGGUACCAACAAGAGUUCGAGAGAACCAGAGCGCGAAUUGUCAAGACCUAGUUUUCACUAAAGACUUCUCUAAUAUCGACGAAGUGUAUUCCAAUGCACCUCUCGGGAAAAGUGACCAUACUACGCUACUAUGGGAUUACUCGCUCUUCUCUAAACGCCAGAAGAAGAGAACAGAGGGCCAACCUAAUAUAUGGAAGGCAGAUUUUAAUAUAAUGAAGAACGAAUUGCUGUCCGUGAAUUGGGACCAAUUACUCAGGGAAGAUCUGGAGGACGACUGGAGAUCUUUUAAGACGAUUUCACUCUAUCUGAUUAGGCGCUGUUGUCCACCUUAAGUACAAAAAACAACUAGUCGACCUGCUUGGUUCACUAGGGACCUAAAUAAGCAGCUACGGAAGAAAAGCAAAAGAUGGAAAAUAUUCAGGGAAACUGCGUCACCAGCGCAUUUCGAAGAGUUUCGUCGUCAACGAAAUGCCGUCAAAAAUGUAUCCGUCAGGCACGGAAGGACUAUGAAUCCACAAUUAUCCGACAGGCUGAACAGAAACCUAAGAUUUUAUUUCACUAUCUUAACAGUAGACUGAAAAAUAAGGACCCGGUCGCGCUGCUGAAGGAUGGAAAUGGUGUAGAGAUCACUGAGAACAGCGAGAAAGCCGAACACUUAGGAUAGUAUUUUGCCUCGGUUUUUACUAGAGAAACAGAGUUUCGCAGUCGAAGUGCUAGCAAUGCUGUUGAGACUGCUGAUCGCGUGCUUGACUCCAUACUCUUCCCGACUGCUGUCGUGGAAAAAGAGCUGAAAAAUCUCAAAGAAGCAAAGUCCUCGGGUCCGGACAAUAUACUGGCCAAAUUCUUGAAGGAACUGGCGUAUGAACUCUCCAAACCACUGGCGCACAUCUUCCGCUCGUCAUUCGAAUUAGGGAGGCUGCCAUCGGAAUGGAAGACAGCAAAUAUCUUUCCGAUAUACAAGGGCGGGGCCCGCACUAAUGCUAACAAUUACCGGACUGUUAGUCUAACCUGCAUCUGCUGUAAAAUAAUGGAGGCCAUAGUUAAGAAAGCAACUAUGGAAUUCCUGGAGCUGGGCCAUUUAAUCUCAGACCUGCAGCACGGCUUCAGACAGAACCGCUCGUGCCUUUCCAGUUUAUUGCUCUCGACGGAGCAGUGGACUCGCGCACUGGACGAGGAUGGGAGGGUCGAUGUCAUAUACAUAGACUUCAAGAAGGCGUUCGACAGCGUCCCACACAAACGCCUAAUCUACAAACUUUCUGAAAUUGGGAUAAGAGGAAGGCUGCUGACAUGGAUAACAGAUUUUCUUACCGGGAGAUCGCAAACCGUGUGCAUUGAGGCCUCAAGGUCAACUCCUACCCCCGUUCUAAGUGGUGUACCCCAGGGCUCCGUCUUAGGGCCGUUGCUAUUCCUGGUUUACAUUUACGACUGCGUCGACGACCUGGGAUGCAGCGCCAUCAUGUUUGCUGACGAUGUUAAGCUGUGGAGGCCCAUCCGAUCUGAUGCAGACAGGUACGCGCUUCAAGACAGUCUCAACCGCCUGAACAGUUGGUCAGCUCGCUGGCUCUUUAAUGUUAAUGUGGACAGAUGUGUGGUCCUGAGACUCCGCACCAGACCGACCAGUAAGGAGGACGAUUCCUUUCAAUACGUCCUUGGUGGUCAGCCCCUUUCAAAUGUUGUGGAACAGAAAGACCUGGGCGUCGAAAUGACCUCCUCGCUGAAACCAUCUUCACAGUGUCAAAGGGCAGCCAGAAGUGCGAUAAGGAUGUUAUUUGCGAUGAGGCGAGAAUUUGUGCAGAUCGACAAGGAGCUGUUCGGAAAAACCUAUGGGACAUUCGUCCGGUCUAACCUAGAGUAUGCAGUCCAGGCCUGGCGACCGUGGUUGAAGAAAGAUUAUCAACGACUGGAAAGAGUACAGGCGAUGGCUACGAAGAUGGUCAAGAAUCUUCAACAUUUGCCUUACGAAACCAGGCUGACCGAGCUAAAUCUAUUUCCUCUAAAUUACAGGCAACUGCGCGGCGAUCUCAUUCAAACCUACAGGAUUGUCAGAAGCCGUGAGUGUGCCCUAGACUUUGAUGAAUUCUUUGAAUUGGCCCGGACUGACCGUCUGCGGGGUCAUCCCUUCAAACUGCAGAGGAAGCUGGCUCAUUCGGCCGUCCGACGGAACGCCUUCUCUCACAGGGUCAUCGGGCCAUGGAAUGGACUGCCUGAUGUCGUCGUUCUUUCCGAAAGUGUCAAAUCCUUUAAGUGCAGAUUAGACGCUCAUUUGAUGGGAAACUACUCUACAUAUAAUAAUGAUUGUUUUAGUGGCGGCAGUUUGCGCCUAGCUCACACUUACCGCUAA